AUGGCCUCUGAAUAUACUCUGAUGGACCCCAUCUGUCUGGUGGAAAAUCAGAAUAAUCAGCUGACAGUGAACCCAACAGCACUGGAGAUUCUAGACAAGAUCUCUCAGCCUGUGGUGGUGGUGGCCAUUGCAGGCCUGUAUCGGACAGGAAAAUCCUACCUGAUGAACCGCCUGGCAGGAAAGAACCAUGGUUUCCGUCUGGGCUCCACUGUGCGGUCUGAAACCAAGGGCAUCUGGAUAUGGUGUGUACCCCACCCCUCGAAGCCCAACCACACCCUGGUUCUUCUGGACACUGAGGGCCUGGGCGAUGUGGAAAAGGAUGACCCUAAGAAUGACUUGUGGAUCUUUGCCCUGGCCGUGCUCCUGAGCAGCAUGUUUGUCUACAACAGCAUGGGAAGCAUCAACCACCAGGCCCUGGAGCAGCUGCACUAUGUGACUGAACUAACAAAGCUCAUCCGGGCGAAAUCCUCUCCCAGCUCCAGUGAAAUAGAGGACUCAGCCGAGUUUGCAAGUUUCUUUCCAGACUUUGUUUGGGUGGUUCGGGAUUUCACGCUGGACUUGAAGUUAGAUGGACACGCCGUCACUGAAGAUGAGUACCUGGAGAAGGCCUUGAAGUUGGUUCCAGACGAGGAUCCCCAAAUCCAGAAAUCCAACAUGCCUAGAGAGUGUAUCAGGAAAUUCUUUCCAAGGCGGAAGUGCUUUGUCUUUGAGCACCCUACAAAUGACAAAAAAGUAUUACACUAUGUGGAGGAGAUGUCAGAAAACCAACUAGAAUGGAAUUUUCAGGAGCAAUCCAAAAAUUUCUGUCAAUAUAUCCUUACACAUGCAAGAACCAAGACUCUAAGAGAAGAAAUCAUUGUCACUGGAAUUGGGCUGGGCACUCUGGCAAAGGCCUAUGUGGAUGCCAUCAACAGUGGAGCAGUGCCUUGUUUGGAGAACACAGUGACAACUCUGGCUGAGCAAGAGAACUCAGUGGCUGUGCAGAAGGCAGCCGACCACUACAGCGAGCAGAUGGCCCAGAGAGUGAGCUUCCCCACAGACACCCUGCAGGAGCUGCUGGACCUGCAUGCAGCCUGUGAGAGGGAAGCCAUUGCAAUCUUCAUGGAACGCUCCUUCAAUGAUGACAACCAGGUGUUCCAGAAGAAGCUUAUGGAAACCAUAACCAUGAAGAAGGAGUAUUUCUUGCUGCAGAAUGAAGAAGCUUCUGGCAAAUAUUGCCAGGCUCAGCUUAAGCAACUUUCAGAACCCUUGAUGGAAAGUAUUUCAAGAGGAACUUUCUCUGUUCCUGAUGGAUACAAGCUCUACUUAGAAGCAAUGGACAAGCUGGAACAGUCAUAUAACAUGGUGCCCAGGAAAGGAGUGAAGGCACAUGAGGUUCUCCAGAGCUUUGUACAGUCACAGGCUGCAACAAAGGAAUCCAUCCUACAGGCAGAUAAAGCCCUCACAGCUGAGGAGAAGGCUCUAGAAGCUGAGCGUGCCAAGAAUCAGGAAGCUGAGAAGGAACAGGAGCUGCUAAGACAGAAACAGAAGGAACAGCAGGAAAAAUUGGAUGCUCAAGACAAAAGCUUCCAGGAACACCUUGUCCAACUGAAGGAGAAGAUUAGGAGACAAAGUGAAAGCCGCCUGAGGGAGCAGGAAAGAAUACUGGAGCACAAGCAGAAGAUUCUAGAAGAACUACUUAUUGAGGGAUUUGAAAAUGAAUCUGAGAAGAUGAAGAAAGAGAUAAAUCAACUAAAAGAAGAGAUCCAAGAAACUGAAAACAUCUGGCCUUCAAUCUUUAUAGAGCUCUUUUAUAUGGCAGCCAGCGUACUACUGGAACACUCCCUGACCCAAUGA